AUGACGCCGUCAGUUGCACUUGAUAUAUUGACGUGCGGUUGUUUUCUCAGCGAUUAGUUUGCAAUUAGCACAUUAAUAAAUCUAGGAUUAUUAUCUAAACGAUCUUCCUCCUGCUCGGAACAUUUGCAAUCGAUCGAAGAUUAGAUUCUGCUAAAAAUAUCGUUAAAUCAUUGUUGUUUAUGUGCUAGUGCUAGACACUUCGCUCCAAAACUGGUUAAGAAUAAUCAGUGCUGAGUACUUUUUCGUCCAAUUUCCAAUCCCGGUCUCAAAAUGAGUGAAGAGCAAAUCAAGGAACAGACUCAGAAUGUUGAGAUGUCCACAAAUGACAUCGAGAAGUUGGAGGAAGCUAAAUUAAAAGCGAAAUUUCCCAAUACCAUGAACCGACCAAUCAGUGGUCACUCUGCUUUUCUACAAAAACGAUUAGCCAAAGGGCAAAAGUAUUUCGACUCUGGAGAUUACCAAAUGGCAAAGCAAAAAUCAGCAGCCAAGCCAAAACCAACUGGAGUUUUGCCAACGGGUGAUGCAAUCCCAACACCUGAAUCAGUACCUCAACGAAAAACUUCAAUUAUCCAGCAAAAAUUCAACUCUUCGACGGCAUCUUAAGCUAAUUUAUUCUCUAUUUAUUUAUGAUUAUAUCCGGUUGCGUUGUGAAUAAGAUGAUGCCCUGUGCUGGGAAGGAACAAGUUUUCGAUGGUGCAAACAAAAUCGUAGCAUGAUUUUACGUAUGGCACGGAUUUAUUUAUCAUUUUACAGAACUCACAAUGUGGCGCUUAUUAGUCUGUUAACAAAUAACGCUUUACUUAACGUUCUAAGAUUCAUUAUUAUUAUUAUUAUUAUUAUUUUUUUUUUUUAUUUUCAACUUAUUUUAGCUGCCGAACGAAUUCGAAUUCCGGUCGUCAUUUCAUAUGUGAUGAGAUAGUCUUACAGGGUGUCUACUCAUCUGUAAAAUCUAUAAUUUUCAGGGAAUUUUUAUAUACUCUGAAAAACCUGGAAAUGUCAUCGAUUUUUUUCUUUCUUAAUGUCGGGAAAUUUUUUUCGAGAAUAUGCUCUUAAAUUUUUUUAAUUUCCUAAGAUAAAAUUAAAUAACAGUAUUUCUUCUUUUCUGAAAGUAUCCUUAUAUUACUGGAUUUAACUAUUCUUUUGAAAAUUAGUCUUUUUGGGUUGAAAAUUAAAUUCUUUUUUGAAAAGUGAUACUUUUCUG